CAAUAACGAGUGCCGCCGGCUGCCAAUUGUCAAUAAAGACACGAGCUUUGCACAAGCCACAACUGAAGAAGAAGAAACCAACUUUAUGCAUGGCCCAGAAACAUUCCUGUCGCCGCCAGCACAUGGAAUGCAAUCAAGCAAGAAAUGAAUACUCAAGUGACGAAAUGACAAGUAGUUUCAUACAAAUCAUACCUCAUCACCAUGUCAUCAGCUGGAUGUAGAUAGAACUUGGGAAAUAUUUGCCUAAGCGUAAGAAAAAAAUAAAACACUACACAACAAUUGAAAUUUGUGUAAUAUAUUUAAGCCCUAAUGCCAUGAUGAAACUUUGCUUGAAUGAAACUCCAGUGAAACAGCAAGAAGCGUUAAACAACAGUUAAAUGACAGGAACGGCAAAUGCGAACAAUUCUAGCGUAAAAACUAAGGCAAUCUUGCAAAACAUUGCAGAACGGUAGAAUAAACGCGAAUAUUAAGAAAUUGAGCAAUUAAGCAAGCAAACGGCAAACGGCAAACUAGAGCAGCUAACCGAAACAUCAAAAUGCGUGAAUUAUGUUUAUAUUUGAUUAUACAUGGGUCUUUAUGGCUAUGUUAUGGCCAAGCGGCAACGGAAACUCAAGCCUCCAAAUUUGUUACAUGGACGGCAACAGAAAUGCCUCAAUUGGUGGCGGUAUCAGCUUCGGAGGCCACCUUAUUAACCACUCCACCUAUAUAUGAUUUAAAUACUCCCUUAAAGGGACCCCUGGCAAGUGAAGAUCAAAAUGAGGAAACGGAAGUGGAAGCGGAAAUGCCAUCCCCACUUACCAAACCCUUGGCCAAGGGCAAAAGCUUUGCUGGCAAUAAAGCAAAUUUUAAAAAUCGUUAUAAAAUCACCAAGAUUUUUACCAACUGCACUAGAAGUUCUUUGGAAAUGCGCCUCGAAUUGAAUAUGCCCUUUCAUGGCCUGCUCUAUGCCAAAGAGUUUCCCCAUGAAUGCAGAGCUCGUGGCAUUUCAGAGUCCCAUAUUAGUUUACGGCUACCCACUUCAGGUUGUGGGGUACGUGUAGAGCCUCGCCCGGAUGGCUCUAUGGAAUUAUCGGUGCGCAUUAUGAUGCAAAUGGAGGAAAAGCUACGUCAAAGUUCUGAUAUUUUGAAGACCAUUAAAUGUCGCUUACCUUUAAAUGCCUUGGGCAUGAGUCUAACUCUCAGCGAGGCAGGAAAAUCAAAAUCAAAUAUUAGACAUGGCCGCAUGCAACAAACCACACAACAACAGCCAAAUAAAUCUUCAACUACAACAAAACAACAAUUAAAUGUGGCCAGUUUUGUGGAAACCGAUUCAGAAGCGCCACCCUCGUCAUCAUCAUCAUCAUCCAUACAACAAGAACAAUCAAGACACCACCAUAAUGCAGGCCAUUCAUCUUCAACUACAACGUCGUCAUCGUCUUCAUCAUCAACACCUCGCGUGCGCAUUUGGCUGGAAUUAGGUGGCCCUGAUGGUUCCGGCUCAGUUGUGGUAGGUCAAGCCACCACUUUGACCGUACGUGCUGUGGUGCCCGGCAACAUGGGCUUGAAAAUCGUUGAUUGUGCUGCUUUGGAUGGUUUGGGCGAAUCGACACAACAAUUGUUGGAUGAACGAGGCUGUCCCAUUGAUGAACAGGUCAUGCCCGCCCUGCACACUCGUUCCAAACCUGCUGAAGAAGGCUGGUCCAAACACAAUGAAGAUGAUCUGGUGGAGAAAACCUAUACAUCCACAUUUCCCGCUUUUAAAUUUCCCGAUCGAGAACGUUUACAUGUCAGUUGUGGGGUACAGCUUUGUAAAGGACGUUGUCCCAAUGUUAAUUGUCACACAAAUGAGAAAUUAGUGUUAAGCUCUGAUAAACACCUGGCACGCAUUGAAGUUUUUAAUUCGCUGGCGGUGACAGCACCACAGAUUGAAGUGGAUCGUUUGCGUUACGAUAGGCGACACAACAUGAGUGCGGAAGAAUAUCCCCCCUAUAUAAGGCCCUUGGUGAAUGAUGGCACUCUAUGUCUGUCCGUCUCCAAAUUGGCUUUAUCAUUUUGUAUAUUGGGUCUUAUAUUUCUCAUAGCAGUUGUUGUGGCCAUCACCUCCUUGAUAAGAUCCAGGCGAAGAUCAGCCAUACACAGUUGUGGAACUUUAUCGAAUAAUAGUAGCCGUUUACAUCGUGCAGAAGUUUGUACUUCCAUGUUUUCAUCGAGCAGUGAAUCAGCCCAUUCAGCUCGUUUUGCAACAAAAUUCCUUAUGCCUUAUUAUCCAAAUACAUUACCCUAUGGCCGGGUGUAUUAAACCAUAGCCUAAAGGAGUUUUUAGCUGCUAAUCCCAUAUUUAUUCUUUAGAAUGUUAAUUGUAUUAGUUAGUUAGUUUUACAUAAACAUACAUAGUUUCAUAACUUUAAAAUA